GUGCCUUUCCACGUCCUUUUGGAUCCAAAAUGGCGCCAGUUUCCCCGAACGAAGGAGCAAGACGGUCCCCCCCGUUCAGUCGGACAGAAGCCAUGGCGUCCGCCAGUACGGGGAGCAGAGUGUCCUGUGGGAGAGAUUUGAAUUGCGUGCCAGAGAUAGCUGACACGUUAGCUGCGGUCGCCAAACUCGGGUUUGACUUCCUGUGCAUGCCCCUGUUCCAUCCGAGGUUCAAGAGAGAGUCUGAGUUGGAGCCCGCUAAGUCCAGAUCCGGAGCCCAGACCCGUUCAGACCUGCUGCUUUGUGGAAGAGACUGGAAUACUCUGAUUGUUGGGAAGCUCUCCCAAUGGGUCGACGCGGAUUCAGAAUUGGAGACGGAACGGAGGAACUCGGAAGCUGCUCUCACACAGGAACUGAACUUCUCAGCCUACCUGGGUCUGCCUGUCUUCAUGAUCCCUUUGAAGGGCCCCAAUAAUGCCAAUCUGGCCCGAAUGCUGCUAAACCACAUCCACACUGGACACCACACCUCAAACUUCUGGAUCCGCGUCCCGUUGAUGGCCCCAGAAGACAUGCGGGAUGACCUGAUCGAGAACGAACCGACCGUUUGCUUAGACGAGACGAGUACAGAUGAAAAAACCUGGAGCUGGUGGCACUCGUUCAGAACCCUCUGUGAUUACAACAAGAGGAUCUGUCUUGCGAUUGAAGUGGGAGCAGACAUGCCGUCAGACGCUGUGAUCGAUAAGUGGCUGGGAGAGCCGAUCAAAGCAGCUGUGCUUCCCACUAGCAUCUUCCUAACCAAUAAGAAAGGCUUCCCUGUUUUGUCUAAGGCCCAUCAGAGGAUAAUCUUCCGGCUUUUUAAGUUGGAGGCUCAAUUUAUCUUCACAGGCGCCAGUCGGCACACUGAGAAGGACUUCAGGUCCUACCUGCAAUACCUGGAAUACCUCAACCAGAACAGGCCUGCGCCCAACGCCUAUGAGCUGUUUGCCAAAGGCUACGAAGACUACCUGCAGUCACCUCUACAGCCCCUCAUGGACAACCUGGAGUCUCAGACAUAUGAAGUAUUUGAGAAGGAUCCCAUUAAAUAUUCUCAGUACCAACAGGCUGUAUAUAAAUGUCUUUUGGACAGAGUACCAGAAGAGCAGAAAGACACUAAUGUUCAGGUGUUGAUGGUGUUGGGUGCAGGAAGGGGUCCUCUGGUCAAUGCAUCCCUGCGCGCUGCCAGACAGGCAGACCGAAAGCUGAGAGUAUAUGCUGUUGAGAAAAACCCCAAUGCUGUAAUCACAUUGGAGAACUGGCGCUUUGAGGAGUGGGGCGACCAGGUGACUGUGGUGUCAUGUGACAUGCGGGAGUGGGAAGCACCAGAGAAAGCCGAUAUCAUCGUCAGCGAGCUGCUGGGCUCGUUUGGCGACAAUGAGCUCUCCCCCGAAUGCUUGGAUGGAGCGCAGCACUUUCUCAAAGACGAUGGAGUCAGCAUCCCCUGUUCCUACACGUCCUACCUGGCUCCCCUGUCUUCCUCCAAGCUGUACAACGAAGUCCGAGGGUGCCGGGAACGCGACAAGGACCCAGAGUGUCAUUUUGAGACCCCAUACGUUGUGCGACUCCAUAACUUCCACCAGCUAGCAGAACCUAAGCCCUGCUUCACAUUUACACACCCCACAAAAGACAUGAACAAUAACCGGUACCAGUGUCUUCGCUUCUCUGUGGAUUGCAACUCUGUGCUCCAUGGCUUCGCAGGCUACUUUGAAACCAUUCUCUACAAAGAUGUCACACUUAGUAUAAAACCAGACACGCAUUCACCUGGAAUGUUCUCCUGGUUUCCCAUUCUGUUCCCACUCAAACAACCCAUCACUAUAUCCCGAGACGAUGACAUCGUUGUGCGAUUCUGGCGCUGCAACAAUGGGAAGAAGGUUUGGUACGAGUGGGCAGUGACGGAGCCCUCCUGCUCUGCCAUCCACAAUCCAGCCGGCCGCUCCUACACCAUCGGCCUGUGAACAUGAAGAAUCAGCACACCUGUCAGACAUCCACUUGUUGUUUUUUUUUAAUUAUUUUUAGUAAGACUUUAUGGUUGUUAGAACCUCUUUUUAUAAAUCCACGGUUAAAACUUGGACUUGUGAUUUCCCAUGUUGAGUCUGUAGAGAAAUAACUGAAUAAAUGGACCGAUUCCCGCAGAUCGGCCGUCACCUGUAAACACAACCCGUUGUCCCUGUAAGCUCAGUUCACCGUCAGCAACUCUCACUAGUCUUAACUGUUCAGGUUAUCAUCCGUGCAGUUACGAACAGUUCCUGUGGACAUGUACAUUCAAUCCAACUGGACCGAUGCCUUAUCAGACACAUUCCACAUGAUCCAUAAAAUGUCAGAAUAAUGUCCAUACACUCUUCAGUGUGGUAGGGGGGGGGGGAGUUACUGUUUUCUGCUCACCUGCUUGGCGUCCCUGUGUUUGAACAUUUUCAAUAAAAAAUACA